CUUAUUUCCAGACUGACGUAACUCGAUUUUUCGAAAAUAUGGAGUGUUUGGUAUCAUUUUUUUCUGCUCGUCGAGCUCUAGAUGAUGAGACUAUAAGUGUCCCUAUAGAACGUCUAUAAAUGUGUUUAAUUUCAGUUCCAUACUGACGCAUGUCGGGUUUCUGGCUUUCAGUUGAUUUCCAGGGUGACGUUAAAAAUCAACCAAUCGCGUUGUUUUAUUUGGUCGCCAUCUUGGAUUUAGAGCAAUGGCUGUGUUAGAUUUGUGCAGUGACAACAAGUGGAUUUUUUUUAGAAAAACUAGUCGUGCUAGUUGUAUUGUACAAAUAUGCUGAAUUUCGAUGUGCUUUCAGAUGAACUAAUACUGCAUGUUUUCAUAUACAUUGACCUACAACACCUUCUCCAGUCUGUAAAUAGUCAUAAGAUCAACGAUGUGAUAAAGAAGCACUCAAAAAUGUAUGAGCUACAUGAGGAACACUGUCAAAAUAUCCUGAAAAACCCUCUUAAGAUAAACAUGUACAGAAAGAUAUUUAAUACAGAAUAUAACAUUGGUUUUCAUAUCCCCAAGAAAGAUAGAUGUGACUUAUGUGAGGAAAUAAAAGUAGCUAAUUCAGAAAACCAGACCAGUAACGAAUUACUUGAAAAGUAUAAUAAACAUAGCAAUGAUAAAGUUUUGACCAAGAAUGAAAGAGAUAAAGACAGAAGGAAUGACAGAGAGGACAUGGUGGUUGUGUCUUUUGAUUUAGAAAAUGUAAUUCUUCUGCCAAAGUCAUAUGUAAGCAAUUUUUUCUAUAAACGGAAAUUAUCUACCUACAAUCUCACAGCACAUUCUUCCAAAGAUGGAUGAACUUAUAACUGCAUUUGGUAUGAAGCUAUUAGUGGUAGAGGAGCAAACGAUAUUGCCAGUGCAGUGGUUACAAUCCUCAAAGAUAUUAAACGUGUUCACCCUGAAAUUUCUUCAUUCAUAUUGUGGUCUGAUGCAUGUGUUCCUCAGAACAAGAACUCUGUUAUGUCGUUUGCACUCAAGAGAUUCAUGGAGGACUAUAAUAUUGAGUCAAUUGUACAAAAAAUUUGACUGUCCUGGCCACUCGAGUGUACAAGAAGUUGAUAAUAUCCACAGUAAUAUCGAGAGGAUAACAAGAUAUGCAGAGAUUUACAGUCCCAUCGCAUUGAUAAGAGACCUGAAAUCAAUGCGACGUAGAAGGUCAGUACGCAUUAUCCAAAUGCAAAAGCACAAUUUCAUGGAUUAUCAGAAAUGUAUUAUGCCGUUAAAAUUCAACGAAAUUCCUUUCACCAAAGUGAAGUGUUUGAAGUACGAUAAGUGUUUGCCAUUUAACAUUGGGUACAAACUUUCGUAUAGUGCGACUGACUUCAGAACAGCCCAUAUUGAAAUUAGACAAACACGAGCACGAACCAACAAACAACCAGAAUUCUUACCAAGACCAGCACAAUCAAACAAAGUUCCAAUUAUUUCUCAAGACAAAAAGAAGGACAUAACUUGUAUGCUGAAAUACAUGCCAGAGGUCGAUAGACAAUUCUACAAAGCAUUGAAACUAGUUAAUAAUGAAUAAGUACUGGAAUGCUGCUAUUAAAGCAUCAUUUUGUGCUUUGAAAUAUGCUUUAAAAGCCAAUGUGACAGAAUGUUUUGCGUUUGACUUGUUGCUAAGACUUUUUCUGAAAAUUUGUGUCUUUUAGUUGUUACCAGUUUGGUAUGUUUGUGAUUGAC